GGGCUCCAGCCCUUAGCAAGAUGGCGAUUUGCGUGUAGAUCCCCGUUACUGACAUCUUGCUCAGGGGGUUCAUUGCUUAGUAGGAACCGUGAAGAUUGCCGUGACCGCCGUCUUACUAAGGGGGUUCACCGCUUGGAAGCGUGAGGAUUGCCAUCUUACUAAGGGGUUAUCAUGCCCUUAGAUGCAUGAAAAUUGCCGUGACCGCCAUCUUACUAAAGGGGGUUCACAGCUGAGUAAGAAGCGUGAAGAUUGCCGUCACCGCCAUCUUACUAAGGGUGUUCACCGCUGAGUAAGAAGCGUGAAGAUUGCCGUCACCGCCAUUUUACUAAGGGGGUUCACCGCUGAGUAAGAAGCGUGAAGAUUGCCGUCACCGCCAUCUUACUAAGGGUGUUCACCGCUGAGUAAGAAGCGUGAAGAUUGCCGUCACCGCCAUUUUACUAAGGGGGUUCACCGCUGAGUAAGAAGCGUGAAGAUUGCCGUCACCGCCAUCUUACUAAGGGGGUUCACCGCUGAGUAAGAAGCGUGAAGAUUGCCGUCACCGCCAUCUUACUAAGGGCGGUGAGAGGAGGAGGAGUAGUGGGGGGGAUAACCCCGACGCGCGCGAGGCGCCCCAGUCGGGGCCGGGUCCCACGGGCCAGGGCGACAUGGUGGGGACGCGGGGGCGGCAGCGAGGGCGACUCUGGCCGCGGGAGUUCGCGGCGGCGGUGGUGGUGGUGUCGGUGUUCGUGUGUCUGACGGUGCGGGCGGAGCCGUGGCGAGCAGGGCGCACGGGACCGUCCCUCGAUGACGAUCUACUGCUGCCCUACCCGGCGGGCUCCCCGCACGGGGCCCGCGUGCCGCUGCGCGUGGUGCGGCAAUGUCAACCGGGGACCUAUGGCAACGUCACCCACGAAGCGUGGCCUGCUCACCGGCCCGGGCCCGGCGUGGCCCACGGUCACGGUGUUAUCACGCACCAGUUCGUCUCCGACAUCAAAACUAGCGACGGCGCUAAGAAGGUAUUCGUGUACGGCCACUGGACGGUGGUGGAGGAUCCGGCGCGGACCCUGUCGGUGCUGGAGCCGGGAGGAGACGGCGGGUGCUCGGAUUAUCGGCGCGAGACGGUGGCGGAGACGGCAGAGACGCGUCGCUGCCUCGUCUCAGCCAACGCCGGCUUCUUCCGCCCGUACAUGGGGCGCUGCCUCGGCAACAUCGUGAGCGACGGGCGCUCCGUGCUCGGCGCCAACGGAGUGAGGAACGCGAAUUUCGGCAUACGCCGGGACGGCACCAUCGUCACCGGGUACCUGUCGGACGACGAAGCGGAGGAGGAAGAGGAGGAACAGGAUGGUGCGGAGCAGAGCCCCUGGCUGCAGCUAGUGUCCGGCGUGGUGUGGCUGUUGCGUAACGGCUCCAUCUACAUCAACGAGAGCCGUGCCGUCGAGUGUGGCGACACCCAGGAGACCGGCACGUUCGACCGCUUCAUUAGCGUGGUGUCGGCACGCACGGCCGUCGGGCACGACCGCGAGGGGCGCGUCGUCCUCGUGCAGAUCGACGGGCAAACGGACGCACGCGGGGUGAACCUGUGGGAGUUCGCCGCCUUCCUGCAGGCCCACGGUGUCAUGAAUGCCGUGAAUCUGGACGGUGGGGGCUCAGCGACACUGGUGCUUAACGGCACGCUCGCCAACUACCCGUCCGACCACUGUGCGGAAGACCCCAUGUGGCGGUGCGCGCGCCGCGUCUCCACUGUGCUGUGCGUGCAUGAGCCGGCGUGUGCGCCGCCUGGGUGCGGCGAGCACGGCGAGUGUGUGGCCGGGCUGUGCCGGUGCCGGCGGGGCUGGGUGGGCGCCGCGUGCGACGCGCUGCUCUGCGGCGCCGGCAACUGCAGCGGCCGUGGCAUUUGCACGGAAGAUGGCUGUGUUUGUGACGCCGGGUGGAUGGGUGAAAACUGCACAACCGAUUGCCCCAAGGGAUGGUUCGGGGGCGGCUGUGCCCAGCGGUGUGCAUGUGCGCAUGGCGCGACCUGUGACCCUGUGAGCGGGCGCUGCGGUUGUGCGCGUGGGUUUCACGGCGCCCACUGUGACGCAGAGUGCCCUCCGGGCCUGCACGGCUCUGGCUGCACCCUCGAGUGCAACUGCAGCCGCAGCUGCACGUGCGACGCUGUCACCGGCAACUGCACCGGCGGCGCCCUCCCCAGCAGCGUCAGCAAAGUGUGCUCCUGCCUUGCGCAGCAGGCGGUGCGGCAGGGCGCAGCCGCCAGCCUCUCGCGUCUUGCUACGGACCCCUGGUUCCUCGUCUCCUCCGCGCUGGCCGUGCUGGCGGCGCUGCUGAUGCUGGGAAUCGUGCUGCAGUGGUUGGGGCCAGCCCGGUGUCGGCGAGCACACGGGCCUGAGCGCUACGAGUACCACGCGCUGGUGCCCACCGCCAACGGUCGCCAGGCCCGCGAGGAGGAGGUCAGCACAGGCGACGACGACGAUGACGACGAGGUGGAGGCCUCCGUGGUGUCGCUUACGGGACCGCCAGGGGUCACGUAGAGGUCGGUUGCAUUGGGAGAGGGCAGGUGAGCGGGACGGUCACAUGGUGCUGGUGAAUAGUAGUUUCCUGCUUGAAUGAGCAUUGAGGCUGUGCUCAUCUUCUGUUUACAACCCUGAGCCAGUGGUAGAAAUUCUACAUUCCUAUGGCAAGGGUGAGGUUAUCCAUACGGGUGUAUUAAUCGUGGACACGCACAGUGUACUUCACGAUGGACGUUAAAGUUCCCGUGAACGUUAUUCAACAAAAAUGAGGCUAUGUGUGGCAGCUCCGCUAUUCUUACUCGCAGUUGAGGUCAUGUUGCCACGUGGCAAGAUCGUUGCAUGCCAGCAGACUAAUGCCCACUUGCUGCCUGGUGCUAUGCCCACCUUUUGCUGCGCAGGAACAGAUGAUGGCGGAGGGUGGUCCCCCUUGGCCCUGUAUAAACGUGACGUGAUGACGAUGCCUGCAAUUGUAUUGGAAUGGCUGAUUUAGAUUUGGACAGAUUUUAGCGACAGCCAUUGACAUUUGCCAUCGACGAUCAUUCGUAAGUAGCCCUGGUUUAGCGCGGCCUUCGGCUUCGUCAGAUGAUGGAAUCGCGCACUCGGCCACGGCAGCUCCGUACCAAUAGGGACGCACGCCAUGGUCUGGCAGUUAUGUCUUCCGGACUCGCAGUUCCAUGCCAAUGGGGAUGCCGUGGUUUUUGCGGGAAGUGCACGAGUCGUCGACAGACCGGUCGUGAGGGUGAUGGCGUGAUUUCCGCGAGCGCGCUGCGGGUAUUAAUUUUGUGAGAUGUGGGAGCCGGGCGUUGCGUCCCCCUUCAUGCGUGCGCAGAGCCUUCCCUGCGGCUCUCGUGCCAUGCGACGCGGGAAGAGGUGGCGACGGAUGUGUUAACGAGGUGCAAUUCUUAACUGUGAACGACUCGCCGCCGUGCGGCAUGCUGUGACGUCAACGGGUCGGGUCUGUGGCCCGGCCGGCAGAAACGUUCGUUUGUUUGAUUUUCGUUUCCCAACGAUGUUCCCUGGCCGGUUGUGUUGCAACACUUAUUGAUAUACGCACAUUGCUCAUCUCUUGGGACUACGAGCCAAGGAAGGCUGGACUGGGUGGAUUCCGGGGGACGAGCAACACGGGGACUAAGCGUCUGCUGCUGUUGUGUCGGCAAGUGCCUCGUGGUUUGUCCGACGGUGGAACUCGCUGCAUCCGUGGAAGCGUUUCACGGGCCGUGAUGAAAUAAACGUUCUGCCGCAGGACGUCACACUGUCGUCGGUUUUGCCGGGCAGUGAGUGGAUGAC